AUAAUAUAUACAGGGAGUUACUACAGUACUAGGUACCUAUAUAACAUAUUAUAUGCCUAGUUAUUAAAUGAAAAGGUUAUAUUACACCCAGUCAAAAUCGAAAUGUGUGAUUUAAAUCUAUCCAAUCAAUCUCAAAAAAACGUUAAAUAAUGUAUAUUGUGAAUUGUGGGUGAAUCUUAUAGUUAGCAAUAUUCAGGAACAUUAAUACAUUUUAAAAAUAAGAUAAAUCCGUAAUACUGGUACUAGCACAAAGUUGAGGGAUAAAUUGAUUAAUUGAAUAUGAAGUGGUCGAUGUACUGAUUUCAAUUUUUUAUGUGCCAUUAUACUUUUUAUAGUUAAUUGUCUUGUAUCAUAAUGUGACUUGCAUUAUUAUAAUUUAUAAUUGUAAACAUUCAAUGUUUUGGUCAUUGACUUGCGGUCUGCGACGCUAUCAAUUAUUAGUUAUUAUCAGUGUUUUCUUUUAACUUUGAUAAGAUUAACGAUUUUUUUGUACAUGUACAAGAACGCGAUACGAAUUUGGUGCGAGGAGUGAGGACAAAAGUCAAUACUCAAUCGCUAUGAAUUCUCAUUUAUUCAGUCUUCCUAUUUUGUACAACAAAACAAUUUAAAACGUAAUCUUACGAAUAAUAAAAUAUUCCCAUAAAAAGAAAUAUAUAUGUAAACAAAAAAAGACUAAACAUAGACUGUUUUUUAAGGAACCUCAUCUAGUCAUAACAAAUGUAAUACAAAUUACAAAUUACAAUUUAUAAUAUUUUAAAUCUCGAGAAUCCGAUGAAAACAAUUGUUGACGUAGGCUAGUUGCAAUAUUGUUAACAAUAUGGCAAGUAAUUACAGUCAAGAUGGGCAAAUUCCAAUUCCGCCUCGCAGAACACGCUCGAGUACUUCGGAUAAAGUACCCUAUGUGGUUGAUGUAGUGGCCGAGAGAUGUAUUGUGCCGGCUAUGGAAAGAAUGUCAAGAAGGGAGCCCAAUAUGGGAGAAAGUAUAUCACCUUUAGAUCGCUUAAGAAACAAUGUUGACAUGUCAGAAAAUGUUGCUAGAAUGGCAUCACAUCUCAAACAGUUGGAGAAAAAAAGAGAUGAACUACAAAGACAAUGCACAGCUAUCGAGUCUAUGAAUAGGCAAAGUGAAGUCAAUCGGUUAAUUGAUAAAAACAAAGAACUCAAACAAGACGUUUUUGUAUUAAAAAAUUUAACUUAUAGGCUAAAUAGAGAAUUGGAAAAAUGUCAAGAUAAACUGUUAUCAAAAGAUCAAUUUCCAGAAUCUGGAGGUUACAUGCGAGUACAAGAUCCCAAAAAUAUAAGCUGGCGUAGGGAAGAUAUUAAUGCAGUAUCACCAUUGUUAGAAGCAUACCAAACAUCUUUAGAAGAGAAAGAUGUUACUAUUGAAAGCUACAAAAAUGAACUUGCUAGAUUUUCUUCUAGAAGUAGAGAAAUUGCUGCUGAAAAUGAAAGUCUUUAUCAACAGCUUGAAGAAGCAAAUGAAAAAGUCGAAGUUACGUAUGGAGAAUGGAAAUCAGUGGAGUCCGAAGUUGCAAUGCUUAAAGAACAUAAUGAGUUAUUGGUGAGGCAAGCCAAAUUACAUCAAGCAAAGUUACAAGAUUUACUUCGUUCAUACCAAUCAAGAGUUACUGAAUUGAAUGGUGAACGAGACCAUCUAGCUGAGAAGUAUGAAAAUGCCCGCACAGAGCUUCUUCAUUUGCAAGGCCGUGUGUCCUCAUUAGCUGGUGACUUAAAUCGCAUGAAAACCGAAGAUGAUAAUAAAAUUCCAAUUGCCGUACACACGUCUGCCGUGAACGAGUGUCGGAGGCUUUUCGAAGAACUCAAGUGUCGGUAUGAUGACGAACGUGAUACGUUGAUGCGAAGGUUGAUAACGUUCGAAGAGGAAAGGCCUACACUCGACAUCAGGAUCGUUACUCUGACCACCGAAUUAAAUCAACAGCGAUCUAUCAACAAAGCUUUGGAUUUACAGUGCUCGCAGUUGAAAGCAAAAUGUGACGCGUUGGAGAAACACCUGUUCGACUGCGAGUCGGAGAAGAACACAAACAAGAAACAGUUGGCGGACGCCAUGGUGUUCCUGCGAGAGACCAUCAACGAACAGGAGGCGCUGUUGCGCCGCGCGGCUGGCGACGGCCGGAAUGACGCUUCGGCCGCUGUGUUGAGCGCUUCCAUAAGCGCUCGGGUAAAGGCUCUUACCGAACACCUCAAGUGCGUCGAACAAGGUGCGCAUCAGGAAGUUAACCGUUUGAGCGGCCGCCUUUACGAACAGUCUGCUGAGUUGGAACGAAUGAAGAAAACGUACGAGAACGAGAUCAACGCACUGAACAACGCACUUCUCCAGAAGCAGAGCGUUAUAGACUCGAUGGAUGCGAACCUGGAGAGAUAGCAAUGGUGUCCAUGCGCCGCUUUUUCUUCGUCGUGGUGCCGUAGUCUUAGUCAGUACAUAUUAAGAAGGGUAUGAAUAGAGGUUGUAAUAAUAUUGGAAAAGCCAAAUAAUAACUAAAAUAAUAUCUAUAUAAUAUAGCUUUAUAAAAAGACUUUAAUCAAAAAAAAAAAAAAUGUAACUUAACCUCAAAGAAUUAAAGUGUGUUCGUAUGAAAUAUGUAAUUUAAGUAUAAUAUGUUAUAAUAUUAUGUAUUAUUAUUACUAUAACUAUUAUUAUUAUUAUUAUUAUUAUUAUUAUUAUUAUUAUCAUUAUAAAAUUUUCGUUAUGUAGUUGUAGGAUUUUCAGAAAAUACUUCAAGAGAAGGCGGAUACGAUAACAAUUUGGUUAUACUAUUGGUAUUUAUUAUUAUAUGUACAACAUAUCUAUACGAUAAUUAAAAGUAUUUACAUUAAUAAAAAUAAAAAUAAAAAUAGUAAAUAUAACUCAUCAUUAUUAUAUAAAAUUUUGGUAUAUUAAAUUUUACGGGGUUAUUUGACUAGGAAGAAUAAUGAUGUCAUAUCGACGUAUCAUAUUAUGACGUAUAAUUUAUACAGAGCGUAUCACAGAGAUCUGACAAUUUUACAGGGAAAAAAUACAUUUGAAUAUUAUGUCAGUUCCCCGAGGUACACUCCAGCGUAUCAUACUAGCUAGUCGUCCGGGCGAUGAUAAUAUCUCGCGUUGUGGUAUUGUAAUAAUAUUGUGCUCACAGAAUGAUCCGAAAAUAAAACUUUGCGCUGGUAACUAUUGGCUCACGAA